ACUCUGCAGUCUAGUGACAUUUGAAGCCAAAAUUUUACAGUGAAAAGAUUUGUUCGUAGAUUUUCUUGAGAUUCCUCGGCAAAAGCGGGAGAAUUCAUCUAUCAACGUACCACCAAGGAGAUGAGUGAGGAACAAUACUUGGCCCCUAAACGAACACAAAAACGCUAUGAACAGAGAUUCCGAGAUGCUUGGCUCCAGAAUCCCUUACUCAAAGACUGGCUAAGAGAUUGCUACUCUGCAGAUGGUAUACGAGAAGCCCGCUGUAUUUAUUGCAAUAUUCGUCUCUGUCCAAGAUUUAUUGACCUCUCCAAACAUGCCAUGACCCGGAAGCACUUGAGGAAUACCCCACAUGAAGGCUCAAUGGUUGACCAAUCGAGCGAUAUAGAGGAAGCUGAAGAUGAACAAGAACAUGGCGAAUUAGGGGAGUACGAACAUGAACCAGAGGAGCACAAGGGUGAAAACAUUAUGUACGAAGUGAUCCUCGAUCAUCCCAACAAAGAAGAAGUUCUGGAGGAACAUCAUGAACAGGAAGAUACGACCAUGGAGCAACUGCACACACAAUUGGAUGCUUCGGGGAAUUCCAAUGCGAGUGUUGAACCACCUUUAAAAAUCCUCAAGAUGGGCUUCAAGAGCAACAAGGCUGACCAUGUGAGCACAUCUCACGAACCCAAAGACAUUUCUCCACCUUCAACGCUCACGCGAAAGGUAGUGAAAACUACAUCAAUUGAACCCAAUAUCCUGCUCGAGAGGAAGAAACUCGUGCUCCAGAUCAAGAAUGAAGAACUAAGGGCGUACAAAUUGCAAUUGGAAGCUUUCAAAAUGGAACGUGAAUUGGGAUUUGGAAGAUCAAUUUUUACGAAAAAUCUACCGAGUAAAUCUUCACUUUAGAAUUUGACUACCUUUUUUGGUAUAAACAUAAAAAAUUGUCGUUAUAUUUUGAAUGUAUUGCGCCAAAAAGUAUGCAGAGUGUUUUCAUCGAGUCGAAGAAAGAGAUUGACAUUCAGACGAGGAAGAAGAAGGGGAUGUCAAAGUUUGAUGACCAAAACAUUCCCGGAAGGAUAAACAAGCCCAAAAUACCGGUUAUUAAGGUGAAGAAAUGAGCGUCCCGAAUGCACCGAUAAGUACCAUAGAGGGGCUUUCGCAUGCCCUGAAAUGCAACAUUAUCCCGAAUCAGGAGUACCUCCUUCAGGGUUCCAUCCUGGACAGUCAGGUGGAACACCUCCUUCACAGACUCAAAGGAUUAUGUGACAAUGUGGAUUCCGGUCCUGAACCCUUUCACGACCAUGAAAUCUGCUUUAGUUUGCGAGGGCAGAAUCAGCAGCUUCAGCUGAGAGUGAGGAAGGCCCAGGAUGUCGAUGCCCCAUUUCAACUCAGAUACAUUGGUCAGCCCGAAGUGGGCGAUCGAUCCCGACCUACCCUGAUCAGGUCCAGCAUUGAUAUUUCCUGCACGGCGUCUGUGCUGGAAUUUCUCACUGAACUGGGCUGCCGGAUUGAUUUUGAGUACGCCAAUCGAGGAUACAUGUUUCGCAAGGGCAGGAUGAAAAUCACCGUGUCAAAGAUCUUCAAAGUUGGUGGACUUCAGCCCACGGAUCCUAUCUCUCAGAGCUACCUUGUGGAACUUUCGAUUCUUGCACCGAGUGGACAGGAUGUAAUUGGGGAGGAAAUGAGGAUUCUGGCUGAACAGCUCAAGCCUCUGGUGCAACUAGAGAAGAUUGACUACAAAAGGGCCCUCUAACCUGAUAGUUUUCUAUCUAAUUUAAGCAUUAGAAUUAAAUUUGAUCCGAAA